CGCGCGGUCACGAGGGGGGCGGCGGCGGCAGAGGAGGAGGAGGAGGACGCGGGGCUGAGGGCCGGCUCGCUCGCUCGCCCGCCGCCCUCCCUGCCGAGGCGGACCGCCGCUGCGGCAGCGCCACCACGGAGGCCCCACGGCGGAGGCGACGGCGGCGGAGGCGGCCCGGGAGCCCCGAGGAGGACGGGCCGGGAGCGCGGGCCGCCGCCAUGGAGCCCCCCGCGCAGCUGAAGGACCGCAUCUUGGAGAACAUCUCGCUCUCCGUCAAGAAGCUGCAGAGCUACUUCGCUGCCUGCGAGGACGAGACGCCCGCCAUCCGAAACCACGACACGGUCCUGCAGCGCCUCUGUGAACACCUGGAUCACGCCCUGCUUUACGGGCUGCAGGACCUCCCUUCGGGCUACUGGGUCCUGGUGGUCCACUUUACCCGCCGAGAGGCCAUCGAACAGAUCGAACUGCUGGAGCACGUGACCACCAACCUGGGGCGCAGCCGAGCAUGGCUGUACCUGGCCCUGAACGAGAACUCUCUGGAGAGCUACCUCCGCCUCUUCCAGGAGAACCUCCCGCUGCUGCAUAAGCAUUACGUCAAAAACGCCCUGGUCUGCAGCCACGACCACCUGACCCUCUUCCUCACCCUGGUGGCAGGCCUGGAGUUUAUCCGAUUUGACCUGGACCUGGACGCUCCUUACCUGGACUUGGCCCCCUACAUGCCGGAUUACUACAAGCCCCAGUUCCUGCUGGACUUUGAGGACCGCCUGCCCAGCUCCGUCCACGGAUCAGACAGUCUCUCUCUCAACUCCUUCAACUCGGUGACCUCCACCAACCUGGAGUGGGAUGACAGCGCCAUCGCCCCCUCCAGCGAGGAUUAUGAUUUUGGAGAAGUCUUUCCUGCCGCACCGUCCAUGCCUAGCACCGCAUGGGAAGAAGGAGACCUGACCGACACACUCAGCUGCCCACGUUCCGUGGCCUCCGAGCUGAACGGCAGCCGGGCUUCAGCCAAAAGCCCCACCCAGCGCUACAACCCUUUCAACGGGAAGGCAGAAGGGCCGUCCUCCGCCGAGAGCACCCCGGUGCACGCUGCCUCGCUGAGGGCCGACCUCCUGGCCGAAGGCACCGAUCAAUCCGAGGGCUGCACGGAGCUGGAAGUUAUCAGGCUGGCGAAAAAGAAGAAAACGGUCAAGAAGAAGAAAGUGAAAGCGGAGGAGGCCACCGCCCCCUCCCUCCCCGCUUUGGGUCAGGAGGUCAGGCAGCCAGGGGCUGCCCCAGAGUCCGACUUUGGGGUCAGCGCCGAGGAGGAGGCACCGCUGUCCCCCUGCCAGCUGGGCCUGCGGAUCCCCAAAAUGAAGGAGCCGGCCACGGAGCUGCGGGUGGGGCAGGCCCUCAGCGAGGCCCUUGGCUCGCUGGAGGGGACCGACGGGUGGAGCCGCGCCCUGGAGCCCCCCCUCCUGGACCAGUCCUUUCGGACGGACUUGCCAAGGGACGCCCCCUCGGAAGGGCCGCCCCUUGGCGGCUUUGGUCAGGGGCUGCCGGCCCCCAUGGACUUCUACCGCUUUACCGUCGAGAGUCCAAACACUCCUGCAGCAAGUAGUGGCCACCAUGACGCUUCAGGGGAUGGUCAACCACCACAUGUUCCUGGUGGCCCUGAAGCUUCUGGACAAGAGGAAGAAGGAGGAGGGGGAGGAGGAGAGGCGGAGGCUGCUGAGCCGGUCGUAGCCAGCUCGCCGGGAGAGGCGGUGGAGAUGGCUAGCGCGGUGGCCCUCAGCAGGCUGAAGGAGGUUCGGGAGAGCCCUUCCCCGAGCAGCGCCGAGGACUCCGGGGUGGAGGAGGGGCAGGGCAGUCCGUCCGAGGCUGCCCACCCCUCGGAGUUCAGGGUGGACAACAAUCACUUGCUGCUCCUGAUGAUCCACGUCUUUCGCGAGAACGAGGAGCAGCUCUUCCGGAUGAUCCGGAUGAGCACAGGGCACAUGGAAGGGAACCUCCAGCUGCUUUACCUGCUGCUGACCGACUGUUACAUGUACCUCAUCCGCAAAGGAGCUGCCGAGAAGCCCUACUUGGUGGAUGAGGCUGUGUCCUACAACGAGCUGGACUACAUCUCGGUGGGCCUCGAUCAGCAGACGGUGAGCUUGGUCUGCACCAACCGUCGGAAGCAGUUCCUGCUGGAUACAGCGGACGCUACCCUGACUGAGUUCUUCUUGACCUCCCUGAAGUCCGCGAUGAUCAAAGGCUGCCGUGAGCCGCCGUACCCCAGUAUCCUGACGGACGCCACCAUGGAGAAACUGGCGCUGGCCAAAUUUGUGGCUCAGGAGUCCAAGCGGGAGAUCUCAGAGGUGAUCGUCCACUUCUACGGCCUUGUUCACUGGGAAGACCCCAUGGACGAGACCCCCGGCCCAGCUUCCUCUCACUACGCACCGGCGGAAAACUCCAUCCUCAAGGAAGGUGUGCUGAAUUACAAGGCAGGGACCAAUUACUUAGGCAAAGAAGUCUGGAAGCCCUGCUUUGUGGUGCUCAGCAAUGACAUCUUGUAUCAAUAUCCAGACCGGACAGACGUCACCCCGCUGCUGUCUGUGAAUAUGGGGGGGGAGCAGUGUGGCGGGUGCCGAAGGUCGAGCGCCACGGACCGGCCUCACUCCUUCCAGGUCAUUUUGACGGACCGCCCUUCCUUGGAGCUGAGUGCAGAGAACGAAGAGGAGAUGGCCGACUGGAUGCUGUACUUAUGCCAAGCGGUCUCCCAAGGGGUCAUCCCCCAGGGCAUGGCCCCUGCCCCCUGCGUCCCCUGCUGCCUGGUGGUGACGGAGCAGAAAGUGUUCACCUGCCAUGAGGACUGCCAGACCAGCUUCUUCCGCUCACUGGCCACCGCUGAGCUGGCGGAGGUGGCUUCCGUCUCCACGGAGGCCGGCCGGGAAUAUUGUCUCCUGCUGCCCCGCAGAACUGGACCGGUUCCUGCUGGUGCUGGAUGCCGUGUGGAAGAGCACCUACCAGGUGGACCUUCCGCACAAGCGCGUCGAGGACGGCUCCAUUCGGAAGAAAUGCGAGGAUGCGCUGAGCUUGAUCCACAGCACGUGGCAGCGCAGCGACAGCCUGUGUCGUGGCCGGGCUUCCCGGGACCCCUGGUGUUAGCCUCCCAGGAGGCGAAGGAUGGCAGAAGUGCGGCGGGCGCACAAGGGGGACUUGAGGCGGGGUGGGUGGGCGGGCCUCGCUUGCUUGGACACUCCACGAGCCCCUCCCCCAAUCCGGGGUCUGUUGGCUACCGCUGCUAUUGACUCUGUGGCGCACCGGUUGGGCCGAUGGUUAGGCCAUGUCUGUGGCAAGGGUGGCGUGCCCGCGCUGCCUCUGAGUAGGGACUCCAGGUACAAGAGGGAAGGGGCAGCAGGGGCUCUGUGCCCUCCCCCCCCAGCUGGGGAAGGGUCCAGGAGAGGGUGGAAGAGCCGUGGGCAAUAGUGAGGUGAGGGUGCCAGUGGGGAAGGGCUUCUGCACAAGAUGGAGUCGCUAAGCUAGCCACUGUCCGUCAUUUAGAUGCUAGAGCCCAGCCUGGGCUCUCCCCCCCCCCCGCCCCCUGCAUGUAUUACUUUUGUUCAAGACCCGCAGCCAGUCUUGCAGCACUUCCUGGUCCCCGUUUGCCCUUCUCCGCUACCUGCCACGGCCCCCCCACCCAUCCUCCCCCCCUCCCACUGAGCUGGGAAGAAAUCGCCAGGGCUCUCUCUGCCAUACCCCCCCCCCCCGCGCUUCCUAGCAGCAGAGCCUCUGGUGGGGGACUGGGCGGGAGGCUGGGAAGGCAUGUGGCUCCCACCGCUCGGGUGGGGGGGUCCUUCUGCUGGGGGGGGCUUUCUGUGCACAGACAGACCCCAGCCUUUGGGUCUGGGUUUUAGUUGCAGUUUAUCUCCUUUUAAACAGCCGGGCUAGUUGUAGUUGCCUACGGUUUGGUAUUUUUGGGUUGUUUUUUUAUUUAAAAAAAAAAAAAAGCUUUUCUUAUUUUUAGAGUCUCAAUUUUAACAGACGAGAGGCCUGCUAAUGUACUGUAUGUGUUCCCGCGGGGGGCUUUUUCCAGGAAAGGCUUCUGGGGCGCAGUGUGCCUGGAUACACGUGGCCAACCCUUCUAAUAAAGGCAACUUGGCGAUAA